AUGGACAGCAAGGUCUGCUGCAUCUUUCAGCUGGCGCUGCUGCUCGGUGUCGUGCUCGCACUCGCCGGCCCUAUCAUCGCCGGCGGCAGCGUGGAGGUUGGGCUAGCCAGCAAGGCCGCGCGGCGCCGGGGCCAAUGCGGCGCGGCAGAUGAUGACGGCGCAAGUGACGACGACGGCGAAGUCGACGAUGGGAUUGGAGAAUUGCCAGUCGGUGGAUGCACAUGCACUGCUUCGAGGGAGAAGGCGAUUGGAGAAGGCUCACCGCUCACCCGGUCACCCCGUUGCCAUCCCGCAACUGCAAAGCCUGAAUCUGGUUACAAAGCACUCACGCACACGUACGUCACUGCAGCUUCGGAGGAUAGCGAGUAA